AGACACACCCUCCUUCCUCCUCUUCCUCCUCUUCCUCCUACUUCUCCUUCAGUCUCAGAGAGCAGAGCAUUCGUGUUGACUGCCCAGAGUCCACGAACACACCGAGCGCCUGCAGCAGCUCACAUUCCUGCAGCCCCGCCGGCCUCUGCUCAGACAUGUCGCUGCACAGCUUUGGCUUUGAACCACUCUCCUGCCACGCCUGGAACAAAGACAGGACACAAAUUGCUGUGAGCCCUAACAACAAUGUGGUAAAUAUCUACGAGAAGAAAGGAAAAGACUGGGUGAAGAUCGAUGAGCUGACGGAGCACAGCGGACGCAUCACAGGAAUUGACUGGGCUCCAGAGUCCAACCGGAUCGUGACAUGCGCAUCCGAUCGGAACGCCUACGUGUGGACUCUGAAGGAUAGCGUUUGGAAACCCACGCUGGUUCUGCUGAGGAUCAACCGUGCAGCCACUUGUGUGAAGUGGUCCCCACUGGAGAACAAGUUUGCUCUGGGCAGUGGAGCUCGACUCAUCUCUGUCUGCUAUUUUGACAAGGAGAACGACUGGUGGUUAAGUAAGCACAUUAAGAAGCCCAUUUGUUCCACUGUCCUGAGUCUGAGCUGGCAUCCUAACAACAUCCUCCUGGCAGCGGGGUCUGCAGACCUUCACUGCAGGAUCUUUUCUGCCUACAUCAAAGAUAUUGAGGACAAGCCUGGACCCACAGCCUGGGGGGCAAAGAUGCCGUUUGGAGAGGUUCUGCUGGAGCACAAGGAUUGUGGAGGAUGGGUCCACAGUGUCUCCUUCUCCCCAGCAGGAGACCAGCUGGCCUGGGUGGCCCACAACAGCAGCAUCAGUGUGGCUGAUGCCACUGAGGGAAAACAGGUGACCCAGCUGAGCACCAGCCAUCUUCCACUGCUCAGCGUCCUCUUCGUCAGUGCAUCUGAGAUUGUUGCUGCGGGUCAUGACUGCUGUCCAUAUCAGUUCACAUUCAAGAGUCCUGGUUCCCUGGAAUUUGUGAAGAAGUUGGAUAUUCCCAAGCAGACCUCCAAGGGCAGCAUGUCAGCCAUGCAACAUUUCCGCAACUUGGAUAAGAAGGCCACAGAGGAGGAUGACAAAGAACUGAACACCCUUCACCAGAACAGCAUCACGCAGCUGUGCGUCAUGUCAGGGGACAAAAGCAAAGUGGACAAGUACAGCAGUGUGGGUCUGGACGGAGCCAUGGUGAUCUGGACUUUUAAGCACUGACUCUGAAAGAUGCUGUUUCUGGGAGAUCUUCUGCGACUUCAAUCACUCUUUUUUUGUUAUUUUGAAGUACAUGAAAAUGCAAUGUGACCUAAUGAAUUCUGAUCACUGCAUUAAAAGAUGUCAAAUUCCCAGCCGAA